UUUGUUGUCAAUAAACAUUAUUAAAAGGAAAAUUUAUAUUUUUAAUAAUUCUGAAUGAAAAUUAGUUUUUAAUAAAAGUGCAAUUAUAACAAUGUCGAUUUACUUGAUGUGCCUUUAUAAUGGAACUCCGAUUUUCAACAAGAAACGUGGGGAUAAUAUUGAAAAUCUUCCAUUCUCAACAACAGCAUCAUUCUCAUCCGUCCAUCUCUUUUGCCGUACUCAAAACGUUGAACUUUCAGCAACAACAUUUGGAGAUGAUGGAUUAAUAUCAUGGAAGGAAUUCGAGUCACUUUUAUUUGUAGGAAUAUCAACAAACUUGACUGAAAAGGUGCUAAAAAGUCUCAUCGAAAAGUCAUUUCAGGCAAUGGUUCUUCACAUUGGCAUCAAUGAAAUCAAAGCUGCAAAAAAUGUCGAUCGUUUGAAGCGCGACUUAAAAAGUUCAUUUUUCCAAAUGAUUGAAAAACUUAUGGAAUAUGCUGAAAAUGAUUUACUUGACUUCAAUGAGAGUAUUUUAUGUCACGAAGCAGCAGUGAUUCAUGAAAAAUUGAUAAGUUUUAGUGAAUUAUCCCUGGCAUCACAGUACUGCUUUUUACUGUCAAAAAAUCGUAUAAUUUGUGCAACAGAUGCUUUUUAUGAUCUUCACGUUAACGAUAGAAAAUUGUUGAUUCUGCUUCUUACUCAAUCAAAUAUUUUACAGAAAGACAUUCCAGUCUAUUUGCCACAUAAAUCACCAACAAUUGCAUAUCGAUUGAUUGGAUUGCCACUCAUACAGGGAAUCUCGAUUGGCUUACUUUGUGGACAGCAACCGACUUAUGAUGAAUUGGAAAUUCUGAGUCAGGAAUUUUGGCAAGAUUCUUAUGAUUUACUGCUGUCUGCUGAAAUUUCAAAUCCACGUAAUUUUCCACCAAGCAUUGAAUUGGAUGCGAGCGUACUCGGCUUCCUGCUGAUUAACAAAUUCACUAAAAAAUAUGUGAUUUCAAGAAACAUUCAACAGGUUGCCAAUAAACGUAACUCACACCGUAUGGAUAUAAUACGUACAUUCUUCCAUCAAGCAGUUGAUUGUGAUAUUUUUAAAAAUUCAUCAUUUUACGACUCAACGAGUGAAAACAUUACAACAAAUGAGCAUUUUUAUGUUAGCGAUUACCAUAAAUGUCAUGCAUUGAUACAAAAUUAUAAUAUUUUAUGUGUGCUGUAUUUAUCAGUCAUACCGACAUACACAAUGAGAUUUAUUACACAAGAACUACUGAAUAAAUUAUUAGGUGAUAAAAGUAUUGAAUGGUGAGAAGUUUGAGAUGGAUACUUGUGGGGAUGAGAGGAUUCUGCUGUGUCUCUUGAUUUUAACGGUUUCUGAAAAUUCAAAAUGCAUAACCGAAUAGCACAAGUCGGUUAAUUAAGUAGAAAUCCGGUACCAAUCUGGAGUGACUUUGGAAUAGUGCCGGAUUUGAUUUGAGUUCAGCACCAGGCUAAAGUCACGCAGGCUUGGGGCUGGAUAUCUAUAUUCGAUUAACUGACUUGUGCUAUUCUGGAUAUCUUUGAUAAGUAUCAACUGCAUCAACCAGGCAUACUUUUUGUGGGAUUUCUUAAAUUCAUCAUUAAAAAUUAUCAAGCCAACAAAAUUAAAAUUCUCAUAAAAUCCGUCCAUUAAUAUUAAAAUUUUAUUUGCAACUAACUUUACAAUAAUAAGCAUACAUGAUUAAUACGUUCGAAUAAAUUGACAAUAAAAUAUGAAUAUUUU